GGUUAUCUCGGUUAAGAGGUCGGUGCGCGGCUCUAGGAAUUCCAAAUAAAUUAUUCGAUAAUUGAAAUGUGUGAGAACUGAAAAUAAAUGUUUUUCGAAUAACAGUAAUUUUUUUUUUAAUUAAUAAUUUUUCGGAGUGCCAUGUGAUGUUAAAAUAAUUAUAUAUAAUCCCGGUUAGGAGUAAUUCUUAAUAAAAUGGUUCAUGACCCGUAUUCGUAAUUUAAUUAAUUAAACACGUCGGCGAAGUUGAAAGUCGACAAUACUUAUAUUAAUAUGGGCGAGAGAAAAUUUAUUAAGGGUCUUGGUCGACCAGGGAUGGCUGCUCAGUUAAGGGAGAGUGUAAGCCAGGUUGUUCGAGAAAAUUCGAACCAUCUGAAAUUUUUUCAAGUGGAUCCAAUUGAAUUCGAAGAUUAUUGUGCCAAAAAUCAUACAGUUUUUCAAAAUGACCCUCAAAGAGAAUUAUUAAUUUACCCUUUGGAUGAUAUAUCACAUGUUGUAUUACCUAGGCGUUAUCGAACAGUAGAUUCUGGAAUUCCAGAAGAAGAUAUUAAAGAAUGCUCACUAUUAACAAAAAAAUGUAUUCAAAAUUACUCUUCAAAUUGGCAUGUUAUUCAUUAUAAAUAUAGUGCAUAUUCUGAAUCAUAUUUUCAACUACCUAAGGUUCAUAAAUCUCAAAAUGUAAAAGAUGAAGUAUAUGAUAUAGAUUCAGGCAUAGAAGGUUUAGAUAACAAGGAUUUAAAAGUUGAAAAAAUUGACAAUACACUUUUUAAACAAGGAUACUUAUUCAAAGGACCAGAUGGUAGUGGAGGUGCUUCAGAACGAAUGUUUGCAAAUUUAGCUGGUUCAAAGUCUUUCAAAAGACGUUUCUGUAUUUUAAAAAAACAAGUUGAUGGCACUUAUAUAUUAGAAGUAUAUAAAGAUGAUAAAAAAGGAGAUGCUAAAGCAACAAUUGUUAUGGAUUUAUGUGAUAAAGUUAUUCGAAAUGUUAAGAAAGGAAGGUUUUGUUUUGAACUUCGAAUGGUUGAUUCUGAUAAAAGCUAUUGUUUGGCAUCUGAUUCUGAAGCUGAUAUAAUGGAUUGGAUGAAUAAACUGCAAUUAGCGUUAAAACAUAGUAAAAGAGAUGAUAAAUUUCUAGAAAACAAAGAAAACAAUAUAAGACCUAUUUCAUCAUCAAUUGAAAGUUUUGGAACUUUAAAAGGAUUGGAACAUAAUCCACAAUUAAUGAAGUAUGCCAGAGAGACAUAUUCUACGCUAGCUCAUGCAAGACAAGAACAAAGAAGAAAAAUAUUUGUUAUUUGUCCUUUUCUUCUACAGCCCAAUAAUUGUAUUAAACAAAAUAUUUUAAAUCAGCCUUCAGACAGUGUAUCAGAACCUUACAAAGAACGUUUUGGUCAAAAAAUAUUAAUAGAAUGUCAAUUGUUAAAAUUUCGUUUGUGUAAUGAGGAAAAUAAUGACAAUCAAGUUGAACCUUAUUUUACUACAUUAGCUUUGUAUGACAUUCGUUCUGCACAAAAGAUAUCAGAAGACUUUCAUUUUAAUACAAAUUGUUCAUCUAUAAGAAGUCUACUGAAUGGAGAUGAUUUUCAAGGAAAUAUUGAAUUGGCUAAAAAUUGUUGUGUCAUGAAAGAAUGGUUGUUCAAGCAAAAACAAGCAAUAAUGUGUGUAACAAAACCUCAUUCAGAUAUUUUUUUGCUUUUGAGAAUAGAUAAAAUACUCCAAGGAAGCAUUAUUCGUGUAUCUGAACCAUACAUCAAAACAACUUCAAAUGGUGCUAAAGUUUAUAAAAGUGUUAAAAAUGAUUGUAUUCAACUUGGCAAUUAUCAUAUGCCUUUUGCCUGGGGAGCUAGGCCUUUGUUCAGACUUUAUAGUUGUGAGUUAGAUACCUCUUCAGAUUAUAUGACCUUAUAUAGACAAGAUCCUUCAAAAUUAAGCAAUGAUGAUAUGAUAAGGAUUUUAUUAGAUUACCGCAAACCUGAAAAAAUGAAUAAAUUUACUGUUAUACCUGGCCACCUUCAACUGAAAAUUCAAGCAGUAUCUAGUAUCUUAGAAAACACAUUGACUGCUUAUAUGGCACCGGUAAAACCAUUUCCAAUACCACCAAGUCGAGAUCAUCCUAUCAAGGAAAUUUCAGAACUUAAUCCUGACCCACAUCCACAGAUUAAUUAUAUUAAUCAUUUGUAUGUCUAUCCACUAUCUCUGGCGUUUGAUUCUCAAAAACAUUUUCCUAGAGCACGCAAUAUAACUUGUACUGUGCAAAUGUUUGAUGAUGAUAAUACUGACUCAAAACCUAUUAAUUGUAUUUAUGGAUCAUAUGGUCAAUUAUUAGAUUCUGCAUUUACUAGUGUCUUGUACCAUAAUACUAAUCCAUCAUGGUAUAAUGAAAUCAAAAUCAAACUUCCCGUAUAUAUAACUAACAAACAUCAUUUAUUAUUUACCUUUAAACAUAUUUCUGUAGAUCGUUCUCGGAAAAAACAGGCUACAAUUACUGUUGAAACAGUUGUGGGAUAUACAUGGCUACCAUUAUUAUCUAAAUCUAGACUUAAUAUUGACAUGAAGGCUUUACCUGUUGCUAUUAAUUUACCAGCAGGAUAUUUAUCCGUACAACCCUUAGGACUUGGACAAGGGUAUUGUGGUCCAGAAAUUAAUUGGAUUGAUGGACAAAAGUUAUUAUUUUCAUUCAAGUUCCAUUUGUUAUCCAGUGUUUAUUCAUCAGAUAUUCAUAUGCAAAAUUUGUUCUUACAUUCAGAAAGAUUGGAAAAUAGUAAAACUACAAGCAUUAUACCUCCAGAAACAGAGACUUGUAAAAUUUUGAAGGCAUCACAUGCAAUCCAUUUAACAACUGUUAUAAAUUUCUUGCCAACGUUACUCAACCAACUAUUCAACUUAUUGUCACUUACAACAAGCAAUGAUAUUGCUAUUAAUAUUAUACGUUUAUUAGUACAUUUAGUAGAUUCUAUUCAAGAAUCAGGUCGUUGUGAAGCCUUAAAUAUUUACAUAAAGUAUGUUUUUACUACACCUACCUCGAAUGUGCCCAAUAAAACUGUCCAUGAUCAACUUCUUAUUCACCUACCUGGCCUGUUAAAUCCAGAUAAUACAGAUUUUUUACUUAUUAAUAAGUUUCUAGUUAAUUCAAAUUUCUUCUUGCAAAUUGUUAUCAAGAGUAUGGCUCAAUACUUGCUAGCCUCAACUAGAAUAAAGAUGAGACGCAAUGAACGGUUUUCAGCAGAAUACCAUGAUCGAGUUCAACACAUGAUUAUUAAUGUACUUUUGCCAUAUGUCAUGAACAAACACAAAGAGAUGAGCUCUCAAGUUUCUAAGUUAAAUUUAGCCUCAGCUCAUUUUUUAAAAAAAUGUUUGACUUUUAUGGAUCGAGGAUUUGUCUUAAAAUUGAUUAACUUAUAUGUGAGCAGUCUAUCUACAUGUGAUUCAACUUUUGUGAUAAAUGCUAAACUACUUUUUAUGAGAGUAAUUCUAUCUCAUGAACAUUAUGUGUCUUUUAAUUUACCUGUUCAAAAUGGUCAAACACCUCAAGGUUGGUCACCAAACGCUCAGUUUUUCAUGUCUGAAGAGUAUUGUCGGCAUCACUUUCUUACAGCAAUUUUACUACGAGAAAUAGUUAGUUCAUUUAGUUCACCGCAUGAAUAUAGACAUUCAGCUAUAACAUGCUUACGUGAUUUAUUGGCCAAACAUGAGCUUGAUGAUCGUUAUCAAUCAAAAGGUCAAAUGGCAAGAAUUGCAUCAUUAUAUCUGCCCUGGCUUGGAAUUGUUCUAGAAAAUGUUAGUCGUUUAGAUUACCGUAAAAAAAUUACAACACAAAAAAAACUUAUGUCUCGACAUUCUAAUUUGCCUUUAACUAGGCCCAGUACUUUAACUUCUGAUUCUAAUUCACGAAUGUCAAUCAAUUUAAGAGAUUCUACUUAUUUUGCAGCAAUUGCAAGCCACUUGACACCAUCAAAAAAAUUAUUAUAUAACCAAGAUCAACCACAACCUGAUGAGAGUAAAACUGAGUCUACACUAAGUAUCAGCUCUAAUUCAUCAUCGCUUGAUCAAACUACCUUUUCAGUAUUCUCUCACGAUACAGCAAUAAGAAAAAGCUCAAAUUUAUCGGAUACUUUCUAUAAUGGAGGUAAUAACCAACAUUCCAGAUCUGUCAGUGGUACACAGACAUUUCAUCUAACAAUGGAUGCAGUUAGUAAAUUUGAAGCAGCUGAAGUCAAAGAUGUGAUUCUUUGUUUUUUGUUUGUUUUGAAAUACUUGUCUAAGGAUCAAUUGGUUUCUUGGUGGCGUUAUUGUUCAGAACAGGAUACAGUAGCGUUCUUCAAAAUAAUUGAAUUGAGCUUACAAGAAUUUCAAUAUUUAGGUCGUGAUCAACUUACCGCUAUAGCUACAGCUGCAGUUAACUCUCACACUACUGAUAAUAAUCAACCUAUUUUGGGAUCAACAACUAAAAAGGCUAUGACUUUACCUGCGCGUAUGCAGCCACCUUCUGAUUUUCACAUAGAAAAAUUACUACAUCAACAUCAAACAUCACCAACUCAAACUACACUCAUAGGUAGCAGUGGAACUGGCAGUAUAGGUCGUGUUGAAAAAAAAGAUAAUAGUUAUACAAGUGAAGAUAAUUUAGCUAUUCAGGCUCAAUCUGAGGCAAAUCUCGCAGCAGAAGUUGCACUAAUAUCAUUAGAUGCUCUUUCGUCUUACUGCAUGCACUUUAAAGAUACUUUAAUGACCCAUAGUGGCGAUAAUACUGUUAUGGAAAGUGUUUUUUCUGUACAUCUUGCUUUCCUAAGUAUUCCUCAAUCAACCUCUGUCAGUGUACAUGUAUUUGCUGUACUUCGAUCAUUUAUCAAUAAUUAUUCUUGUAUCUUGUUUAAAGGUACUGCUCAAUUAGUUGGAAAGCUUUGUUCACAACUUUUAAGUGGUUGCAAUAGCCGUUCAACUGUAGUACGUCAAGAAUCAUGUGCUGCAUUAUAUUUAUUAAUGCGUAGUAAUUUUGAGCUCACAUCCUCCAACAUAACACGUGUUCAUUUGCAAACAGUAAUAUCAGUUUCUCAAUUAUUGGGUGAUAUGAACAUUGAAGGCCUCAACAAUACACGUUUUCAAGAAAGCCUUUCGUUGAUAAAUAGCUUUGCCAACAGUGAUAAAGCAAUGAAAAAUACUGGUUUUCCUGUUCAAGUAAAAGAUUUGACAAGACGUGUUAGAACUGUUCUAAUGGCUACAGCUCGAAUGAAAGAUUUACACCAUGACCCUGAAAUGCUUGCUGAUCUUCAGCACAGCUUAGCUAACUCAUAUGCUUCUACUCCAGAAUUGCGUCUGACUUGGCUACAGACAAUGGCUCGAAAUCAUGAAGAAAAUGGAGAUUUUUCUGAAGCUGCCUGUUGUCAACUUCAUAUAGCAGCUCUAAUUGCCCAAUAUAGAAAGUUAAAAUGUGUUCAAGAUUGGGGAGCGGAAGCGUUUUCAAAAAUAUCUCUAAACAUUGCUUGUGAUGAAAUAGGUUUGCAAUUAGACUCUGGUGGUAGUGCUGGGUCUGAUGAUACACUUUAUGGAGAAAAAUCUUUGUUAGAUCGGUUGGAAGCAUGUGUUCCCAGUUUACGACGAGCUGAGUUAUUUGAGUGUUUUGGAGAAUUAUACAAGCUCAUAAUUCCUAUUUAUGAAAAACAAAGAGAUUACCGUGCUUUAGCUGAUUGUUACAGAACUGUUAGUCAUGCUUAUGACGCUGCAGUGAUAGCUCGACAAUCUGGACGUAGAAUGCUAGGGCGUUACUAUAGAGUUACUUUAUUUGGCCAAGCAUACUUUGGUGAUCAACAUGGUGUGGAAUAUGUUUACAAAGAACCUAAGCUUACUCCUUUAUCAGAUGUAUCUGAACGAUUAUUAUGUCAAUAUGGUAAUAAAUUUGGACGUGAAAAUGUUAAAAUAAUAAUGGAUUCUAGUAUGAUUUCUGCUUCAGAGUUGGAUACCAAAUUUGCUUACAUACAAAUUACUCAUGUUGUACCUUAUAGUGGGGAAGAUGUACUACUUGUAGAAAAUGAGUUUGUUUCAGAAUUUGAACGCAAUCAUAAUAUUGAUAGUUUUGUAUUUGAAACACCUUUUACGAUAGGAAACAGUGGUCAAUCACAAAGUGGUCCAAGAGAUCAAUGGAAACGUCAAACAGUUAUAAAGACUGAAUAUACUUUUCCUUAUAUAAAGAAAAGAUUAAGAGUUUGUAGCAGACGAGAGAUAGAAAAAGGACCAAUUCAAGUUGCUAUUGAUGAAAUGAAACAACGCAUUUAUGAAUUAAGACAAGUUGUAUCAACACAGCCAACUGAUGUCAAAAAGCUACAGUUGAGACUUCAAGGUAGUGUCUGUGUUCAAGUAAAUGCUGGGCCAUUAGCUUAUGCAAGAGCUUUUUUGGAACCACAUGUAGUACAUGAUAUGUGUCAAGACAAAGUUCGCGAGCUCAAAGAAAUUUUUAGAGAAUUUAUUCGAGUAUGUUUUGACGCUUUGAAACUUAACCGAAUAGUUGUUAUGUCAGAUCAGGCACAAUACCAAGAUGUGUUACAAGAAAAUUUUUUAAAAAUGUGUCGUGAAUUAUCAGAUUGUGUAGAAGAUGAUACAUUGUGGCAAGAUGUAGUACAAACCUGUAUGUCACCUGGAAGUGACAGCCGUACAUUGUUUACAGCUAUUAGUGGGGCCAGCCAAGAUUCGUCUACUGCCUAAUUUUACACUUAUGCACUAAGUUUUGAUAAUUUAAUUAAAAAGCCAUACCAUAUUGUAUGAUUUUUUUUUUUAUGUUUAAUUUUUUUACUGUAUUAUGAAAAAUUGUAGUGAAGGUGGCCUAUAUCUCGAGUACAAUUAUAUUUUGUUAAAUUAUUAUUUUUUAUACAUUAUUAAAGUUAAUUUAAACAAUAUAAUAAAAUUAACUUAUUUA